AUCCUCCGAGGUCCUGCGAAUCGCUGAAGGCGCCGAAGGAUACCCCGGAAGGAUGGCAGCUAUCGUGGCGCAGUUGUUGGAGCAGAAAAAUCUGGAACGAGUUUGCAGACUUUGCCUAGCCGAUGCCACCGAGGUCGGUGACCUGCUGCCGAUCUUUCCGAUACGCGGCGGGAAAAUAAGCAACCCAUCGGCCAUCACUAAUCGGAUACAGCAAUGCACCUCUUUGAUGAUCGAUCCUUCGAUGAAAGGUCCCCGAUGGAUCUGCGAGUUGUGCCACGUACGGCUGGAGGACUGGUACGCUUUUCGCGAGCAGUGCCUCGGUUCGGAUGAGUAUCUGCGGUUCAACAUGCGCCAGUGGAUCGACAAUGAAGCGGCCAAUAAAACGCCGGAGGAACAGGAACCAUCGAUGGUGCACGAUGGACGCGCGGAAUCGCAUUCAACUCCAAGCACAGAGCAGCCGAACCCCCGUGGUUCCAGUAGUUUGGCCCACAGGCGGAAGAGCGUGUUUGAGUGGACCGUGCCGGAUGCCAGAGGUGAUCAGAGGGUGAUUGUAGAGUUGCUGGGCGAUGAAGAAACGACUAACGGUAACGGUACCCACAAUACACUGUCCAACGGUGGCCAUCCAGCGAUCGAAACACCACCGAUGGAAGAAACGGCGAUCGUGGACCAGACGGUCCCUCCACCGGCGAAGGAAACGGUGAUGGCAUCGCCGGGUCUCGAUUGGUCGCUAGAGUUUCGGGCACGCGUCAACAGCCAGAUGCACAUCCUAGCGGGUGCUCCGCGUCCAUACGAGUGUAAAAUCUGCCGCAGCAGGUUCAAGCGACGCAACAAUCUCCGGCGACACAUCCGAGCGAACCACGCGGAUGAGAUCAUCGUGGGUGAAAGCCCAGCCGAAGAGUUUUACGCUCUAAGACCGCCGACCCUCGACAAGCAACAGCUGCGGCAACAACAGGAACAGCACCAACAACAACACGAGCUGCAUGUGCAGAGCAAUGAAGCCGCAGAACCGAACGCGUUUGCAGGUGACAAUGCAAGCGACAUGAAUAGUCAAUCCCUACAGCAGCAGCAGCAGCAGCCAGUGUAUCAGUGUACAAUUUGUCCCCGGAGCUUCAAGAUGCCAGCCCACCUAGCCGUACAUCGGAAGGCACAUUUACAGAAGGACCUGCGAGCAAAGGAGGCUGCGGCGUUGGAUCACCAACGGCAACAGCAGCAACACGAAUCACAGAUGAUGAUCCCUCCCGUACGAACAUUCGGUAGAAAAAGCGACAUCGAACCCUGUGCCAUCAUCCAGCUGUCCGAUGAUGAUGAUGACGAUGAUGAUGUGGUUGUCAAUGCGUCGCAGGGAUCUACUGCUACUGGUGGAGGUGAGACAGAAGAACAGAAUGGUAUCUACGCAACCGCCAAUGGGACUACCAACGGUUACCAGGACGAUGAGCAGGCCGACGAUGGGUUCGAUGAGGAUGAAGGUAGUCUGAAAGAGUCCUCCCUGGAACCUUCCUCCCUUGCGAUCGUCGAGCUCGGUGCCGAUGAUGAUGAGACGGAAGUGAUCAUUCCACCGGAUGUGGAUCCGUGGAAGAUGAAAAAACCGGACAGACAGCGUGCGACCCUUCCAGUCUCUUCUUCGUCCUCUUCUUCGCCACCACCAGCCCCGCUGCUGCCGAGAUCACGCCCGGGACCGCUCUCCUCCAAACGAAGACACACAACGACGGGUGGCGAUGAGACUGAGCAACUUUCAGCGUCCUCUGGGACUCCAGGGAUGCACCAGAGCGCUGUUCCUCCUAGCAGCAAGCGGUCAGCAACGUCGACGACGCCCCUGAUGCAUGCAGGCCCCAUCCCCUACAGAUGUCACUUUUGUCAGGAAACCUUCCCCCAGGAAGAACUACUAAGAUUGCACCUGAAGACGCACGGAAAUAAUGCACCGGCCCCAUUCCGUUGCGGCUGGUGCCGGAAAGGUUUCCGUUACCGACAAAACUACAUGAUCCACGUGGAGAAGCAAACGUGCCGUACACAAUCCACUGGAACCGCUGCGGCAUCGACUGUGGAGUUGUUGAACGGUGGAACCGGUGGUGGUGGUGGUGCUGCAUCGACGGUGGUACCAAGAUUAGUGGCCAAGAAACGCGCCUGGUAGUAGUAUUAUGAACCGGAUUAGACAUUACUAUACCCUCAGAUACUCAGAUAUAUGCCGAAGGAUCUUACCCCCUAGUAUUAAAUGAACUUAGUAUUUUGAAAAGAAAAAAAACGAUUAUGAAAGCAUAACACGCGUUCAUUGAUGUAGCGCUCUCUAGGUUAUGAAUUACUAGGAUAAGGAAUCGUUCUUCCUCGACCGUUCGGCGCUUCCGGUGGAACCAUGCCACGCCAUGAGGAUGGUGGGCACCAAAAGGGGGGAUGGUGGCGCAUCAACGCGUCGUCUGCCAUACAAACCAACCGCGGGUAUUUCCCGCAAAGCAUUCCUGAAAGUGUUUUAGCUUUUAGUUCUGGAUUGAGAUAGCAGCGUCCUUUCUCUCUCUCUCUCUCUCUCUCCCACACACGUUGUA